CGACGCAUGCCACCACCCAGUCAUCGGUGAAGUGGGCAUCACAACUAUCGGGGUACAUGGCUGGUACAGGUGCAGUAGCUGUUAAGAACCAGGUGAAAAUUGAUGCAGCCUUGAGGGCCUUCCUCUGCGCAACUGCCUUGGUUGCCGUCAUUGUUAUGGUCACUUCUAAGCAGAACACCCUCAUAGUCGUUUCACCUGUCAUGACCAUAUCUGUGCCUGCAAAAUUCACUCACUCUGCGUCUUUCACGUACUUCGUCACAGCACUCUCGGUGACUUGCUUGUACAGCAUCAUCACGGGUAUUUCAUCAUAUUCAGCACUGAAGAAGCAAGGACGAAGCUCAACCGAUCAGCAGAUACAGUUCGUGAUAUAUGAUUCUCUGAUGUUAGGGAUUGUGGCAUCAGCAACAGGAGCUGGAGGAGGAGUAGCUUAUGAAGCACUGAAAGGAAAUCCUCAUAUCAGAUGGAACAAGAUCUGUCAUAUCUACGAUAUCUUCUGUCGCCAUCUUGGAUUUGCUAUGAGUGUGUCGCUCUUAUCGUCAAUGACACUUCUAGUACUUGUUUGGCUCUCCGUUUGCGUGCUCGCCAAGAACAGUGGAAGGAGAUAGUUAGGGUCGUUACCGAAAACGUUGCAGAUUACCAUUUCGAUGUCAUUCAGCUUUUGUUUUGGAAGUUUUUCGUGUUCAUGUUAGUUUGUGUUCGUGAUGUUCAUGACCAUUA